GUUAUUUUUAUAGUAGAGGUGUUGUUCCUCUUCGCAGUGCUUCAGAGAGUGAGAAGCAAGAGAAAGAAACAGUGAUGGAGGCAGAGGAGGAGCAACAACGCCGUUUAAAGAUUGAAGAGGCCCUUGAAAUCCAAUCCCUCAGACGCAUCAUUAGCGCUUACCUCAACUAUCCUGAUGCUGCAGAGGAGGACAUUAGAAGAUAUGAAAGGUCUUACAGAAAGCUUCCACCGGCCCAUAAGGCUUUGUUACCCCACUAUCCUGAAAAGUUUCAAAGAUUACGCAGGUGUAUCUCUAUGAAUUCCCAUUUCAUAUUUGGCAUGCUUCAGGUAUUUGAACCUCCACUUGACAUGAGCCAGGACAUAGAAUUUAGUGAAGAUCCACAUCCCGAAUCUGCCAUAAAAGAUCAUUUAGUUUCUGAUGGGAUUAAUGCUUGCUCAUGUGAGUCAGCCCCUUUGAGAAUAACAUGUUCUGUAUCUGAUCAACAUUGUUGUGAGGAAGAUAGCAAUCAUACAUGCAGACCACAAGGAUUGACGCCUCCAAAUGAGGUGCCAGUCACCUCCUCUCAGCAACAAUGGUUGGAGCCACCUUUACGAUUGAAUGUUCCUUUAGUUGAUGUAGAUAAGGUACGAUGUAUUAUAAGGAAUAUAGUUAGGGACUGGGCAGCAGAGGGUAAAAAGGAACGUGAUCAGUGCUACAACCCUAUUCUUGAAGAGCUUAAUAUGCUAUUUCCUAAUCGCAGUAAGGAGAGUCCACCUGCAUGUUUAGUUCCUGGUGCUGGGCUUGGUCGGCUGGCCCUUGAGAUUUCAUGUUUAGGAUUUAUCAGUCAGGGAAAUGAAUUUUCAUACUACAUGAUGAUAUGCUCGAGUUUUAUUCUUAACCAAUCCCAAACUGCUGGUGAGUGGACAAUUUGUCCUUGGAUUCACAGCAAUUGCAAUUCAUUAUCAGACAGUGAUCAACUUCGUCCUGUUUCAAUACCAGAUAUUCAUCCAGCCAGUGCAGGAAUUACUGAAGGCUUUUCCAUGUGUGGAGGUGACUUUGUUGAAGUCUACAGUGAUUCAAGCCAAGUUGGUGCAUGGGAUGCAGUUGUGACGUGUUUCUUUAUUGAUACAGCUCAUAACAUUAUUGAGUACAUUGAAAUAAUUUCAAAACUUUUGAAAGAUGGGGGAGUUUGGAUAAACUUGGGACCUCUACUAUAUCACUUUGCUGAUGUGUAUGGACAGGAGGAUGAGAUGUCCAUUGAAUUGAGUUUGGAAGAUGUUAAGAGAGUCGCAGUAAGUUAUGGACUUGAAUUUGAGAAAGAAAGCACAAUUGAGACAACUUACACCACAAAUCCUAGAUCAAUGAUGCAAAAUCGCUAUUUUGCUGCAUUUUGGACAAUGAGAAAAAAAUCUGGAAUAGGGCAGUCUGGUAUAUAGGGCAAUUGCGUGUACUCUGAAAAUGGAGGAUGUAACUAUAAUUAUCCUUUCUUUUAUUUGAUUGAGGUUUUAUAAUUUUCUUGAAUGCAUCAAACUCUGAUAAUUUAUGUUUUGUUUUGAUUAAAAAUAUGAUGAAUGUUUUUCAUAACUAUGAAUAUCAAUUUUUGAAUACUGAAUAUAAUUUAUAUUUGGUUUGACA